UCGUGGUACUCGCGUUUAAAGACCACACGGAAGCUGCAGCUCUUCUUCGGUUCACGCAGCCCGCAGCGGGACCCGCGCAAAACGCAGAGCUCCGAGCGCCUUCGAGGCGAGUCUUCGCCGAGAGGGCAUCCACCUGGCCGGUGGACACCGUCAUCCGGCACGAGCAGCACGACGAUCGACUAGGUCGUCCAUUGGGACAGGCAUCGUGGACCCAGGCAAGGCGACGAAAGCUCACGCCAUGCCGGCAGGUAUUGGCGCUUCGUACAGGUCGUUAGGCGACCUGGGCGAAGACGUUUACAAAAGCACGACCAUCGUCGACCAGACGCAGACCACCAGCCAGAGCGUCCUCGAGUCCGUGAAGAAGGCGUUUAGCUUCGCCUCGCCGAAGGUCGAGAUACGCAAGAAGGACCCGCUGAUCGAGGACCGUCGCGAGAGCGUCUCGAUCGUUUCCAGGGAGAGAAACAAGAUGCCGACAGCAGCCACCGCCGAGGAAUCUGCUCUGUUGGGCACGAUGCCCUCCGAUAGCAUGGACGAUAUCGAGCUGAAGAACAUUCAGCUGCAAUUUCCGGCACUGAGAUACCUCUCUAGGGACGACGGCUCCGUGCGGGAAGAAAAGGUGGAGACCGACAAGGGAAGUUUGCUGGUGGCGGUGCAAGGAAAUCGAGCGAAACCAGCUAUCCUCACUUAUCACGAUCUAGGCCUUAAUUACAUCUCGAGCUUCCAGGCAUUCUUCAAUUACAUCGACAUGCGUGUUCUACUCGAAAAUUUCUGCGUGUACCACGUAAACGCACCCGGACAAGAGGAGGGCGCACCGACGCUACCCGAGGACUAUACCUAUCCGUCCAUGGAGGAGCUCGCGGAACAGCUGCUCUUCAUUCUCGGCCACUUUGGCAUCAAGUCCGUAAUUGGUUUCGGAGUCGGUGCCGGAGCCAACAUCCUGGCGCGAUUCGCGCUCGCCCAUCCGGAGAAAGUUAAUGCACUGUGCCUGAUAAACUGCGUGUCCACGCAGGCGGGAUGGAUCGAGUGGGGUUACCAAAAGUUAAACGUGCGCCACCUGAGGUCGCAGGGCAUGACCCAGGGCGUUCUCGAUUAUCUGAUGUGGCAUCAUUUCGGCAGGGGGACCGAGGAGCGGAAUCACGAUCUGGUUCAGGUGUACAAGAAUUACUUCGAGCGUCGCGUGAACCCGACGAAUCUCGCGUUGUUCAUCGAUAGUUACGUACGUCGCACGGAUCUGAACAUCACGAGGGAGUUGGACCCGACGCGCAAGAAGGAGGGCCUGACGCUUAGCGUGCCGGUGAUGAACAUCACCGGUGCUCUAAGCCCCCACGUCGACGAUACCGUAACGUUAAACGGACGCUUAGAUCCGACGAACAGCUCCUGGAUGAAGAUAUCGGAUUGCGGCAUGGUGUUGGAAGAACAACCCGGUAAAGUGAGCGAGGCGUUCCGGCUGUUCCUGCAGGGCGAGGGAUACGUGGUGAGAUCCCCGCGGAAGCCCGUGAAGCCGACAACACCCGAAGGUAAUUGUAAUUAGGAAUUGAAGGCCGCAAGGAGAGUCGAGCGCGCAGUUGGUCAAUUAGGCCACGUCUAUGCGUUAAUGGCCCCGCUGUCGCCGUUAAAGAUGGCCGACUUCAGAUUGGCUUCGUUGGAGGGACUGAAUCACGUCUGCAGCAAGAAGAUCGACUGGCCUACCGCGACCAUACACAUCACGGAGAAUCCGAUAUCGGAGGCAGUAGUUUGUUAAGAUGUCGAUCGCCGAACCUCACACCUCCACCGCCAUCGAUUUUCGUUAUGCAAUCAAACGAGCAUACAAUCGCAAGACGACGCAGCGACUUGGAUGUCGGUAGCUUUAGGAAGGUUUCGUCGGGGCAACGAUCCCUCGCGGCACUAAUAAACGCGCCUGGUUUCUUUCCGGAGCUUCUGUCGGCACCGCACUUACUUUUUAAAUCGCGACUUUCGAGCUGGGUCGACCACACGCGUUCGUAAUAAGUGUUUAAUUCUAAAUAACUAUAAGUUAAGAGCUUUAAAGACGGUUUUUAUUACUUAAGAGAUAUCGCGGAUGUUUUAUCAACGGUUGUUCUUGGUACGCGUGUUGUUAUUAUAGGAGCGACGUCGAUUCGCUAAGGAUACAUAAGAGAAUAAUGUUAACGUUACGUACGAUCGGACGACCGCGUUCAGUUGCAACCCGUUCCACUUUCGGGACUUUUAACGAACGGUGCGACACGGUUUUUUGAGAGCACCGUUCGCUCUUUUUACAUCACGAUGGAACAACUUUUGCAAUCGUUUUAGCGGGUGUUCACGAUUGUCGUUUAAGAGACGUUUAUUUGAAUGGCAGACGGGUAUUUCUUAAAGUUUCGAUGAUUCAAACGAACAUUCUCCUGCGAAUAUUUUAAUAUGCCAUCAUCCGAAGAGAGAUUUGAGGGAUGUGCGGGUAAAAAUGUUCAACACUUCGAGGUGUACUUCUAUAUAUGUGGGUACAUGUAAAAGCCGUGACUUUGUAAUGUUAAAAAUCGACAGGCCCAUGAUUACGAAUUUUCGUACAAAUAUGUAACACGAUAAUAACGUUCACGAAAAGCAAGAGAGGAGGAGCUCCUCCGAUCUGAUUAAGGGAAAUUCGCGUGCAAAUGCUUCGUGUAAAUUUCGAGAAAAAAAAAGAAAUCCACACUAACGGUAAUUCUAUAGAAAUAUCGAGGAAGAAAUAAGUCACGUAGUCGCAGAACGACGAGAAAAUGUGUGAUAACACGUCGAAGGGAAACGCGCAUCUCCGCUUUUCGUGCUCGUAAGAAACCAGAAAAGACUCACUGUAGAUGUAAAGGACCCGGCAGAAACUUUUAACGGCUCGCACACAACUUCUCGCCAAACGACGUCCAAAAAGUUCCAUCGCACGGUGUAACACGUGGUAGUAAUAUAGUCUCACUGUUUUACGAAUUUUUUAUUAUUAUGCGAAGAAAAAAAACUUUUACUUCCCAACGAAGUUGUCGUCAACGAAGAUUAUAAUUCACGAGCUACGAGGACGAACAUUUUUUUUUUAAUUCGUAAUACAUUGCGACGUUAACGAAGAGAAAUAGUGAGAAUCGUUGAGCACGUCGUUAGAUUUUUCUGCUUCGUCUUUCGCGUCUAUUCCGAUUCGUGAACAAUCGACCAGUCCCGAGUUAACGCAAAGCUCGCCACGUAUAAUCGCGAUCAUUUUGUUUCUCGCUAACUUACAUGGUCCGACGUUAUCCAAAAUGUUUCACGAUUUCGAGAUAACGUUGAAACGCGGUAGUGAAGCAUUAGUGUCGAUAUAAACAAUUACGAGGUAGGUAUUACUGUUACUGUUGAUAGUCAGGUAUCCUCGAUGAGUUCGUUCAAACAACUUACAAUUUAACGGCGAAAUCAACAGAGUUUAAAACGAAUGAUCGAUCGUGUCCUUUCAACGAUCAUAAGAUUUCACGAUUCGCGAGAGAGAGAGAGAAAGAGAGAGAGAAAGAGAGACGGCAGCUUAGCAAUAUGAGAUUCAGUGUCCCGGUCACGGAUAUCAUCCCUGAAGAGGGAGAAUGACAACCUAUAAUUCCCGUCCCCUUAUAAACGAGCUGGGAAUCCGUGCGUUCAUUUAUCCUCACGCACCGUUCGCACCCUUUCCUUAAUUAAUAAGAAAAGAGACUGCCCGUAUAAACGAGAAGGAAAGAGAGCGCGUGCGGGAAUGCUAAUGCGUAAGAAUGGCGUGGAAGAAAAAGGUAGAAAUGGGGAUACGUAAUUAGUUGUUACAAGAAUAAGAAAUAAGGAAGAAGUAAAGGAUACACAACAAAUGUCGAGAGAGUUCGGUGUUUCCGUACGGUUUUACCGGGCCUGUUCGAGCCUUUAGCGUGAUAUGAUAAGACGUGCCUGCUAUACGAUGUCGUACGUAGCUUUCGAAAGUUUCACCGCUUUUUAGUUUUCUAUAUACAUAUAUUAUGAUUCUCUCUCGCGCGGUGUCCCCCCAGAAAUUCCCCACUUUUCGCGCGUCUUCUCUCGAAGCAUCGCAUACUCACGACGAUCGGCACAUCGACAUAUCUUUCUCUAAAUCAACUUUAAUCACGGUGAGAUGGAAUUGAUCGAACGUCUGUAAUGCACUACGACUGCAUUUUGAAUUGAGAAUUUGUUAAAUAAACGACAAAAAGAAAACGAUAAUAUUGAUAAAUUGUCGGGUCGCACACGACGUCGCAUCAAACGAAUUCCCUUGAAGAUAAGAUCUGAAAAUUCGCCAAUUCGAGAUGUUUAUAUUAAGUAUUUAUAUUAAGUAUUGAUCGCGUAUAAUGUGAAUAUCGCGGCAAUAGAUUACGGACCUGUAUUCUCCUCUUCUUAUUUCGGAGCAGAUGACAGAUGAUGAAAAAGAUGCGCGAGAACGAAAAAGGAAGUCGAAACAUCGCGGACAUCUCGAGGGACAGGAAGUAUAGCCGUUUCGUGUAAAAGAGAGUUUAUAUAUAAGAACAUAUAAUAAAUAUAUAAAUAUA